CAGGAAGUGACUGCCUCAUUUCUCUCUUUACUGUCGUACUGACUCUUCUGUGAAUAUUUGGAUCAAUGAUCAGUGCAGAACUAAGGGAAACACUUUCAACAAGGAUUUUUGUGAAGUUAGUUUCAGAGUAGACAGCAGAUCUUUGGUGAUUCUGAUGGUUAUUCAUUCUUGAAAGCAACAUUCAGGAAGUGAAAGUAAAGUUCAGAUCUUUGGAGCUUUUACAAACAGUUAAAAUGGCUUCUCUAUCUGUGGAAGAUCUCUUUUGUCCAGUGUGCUGUGAUAUCUACAAGGAUCCUGUUUUUCUGUCGUGUACUCACAGUUUGUGUAAAGAGUGUCUUCAAAAGUUCUGGAAAAUCAAGAGGACUCAGGAGUGUCCCAUCUGCAGGAGAAGAUCUUCAAGAGAUAAACCUCCUCGUAAUCUGGUGUUGAAGAAUUUAUGUGAUUCAUUCCUAAAGGAGAGAUCAGAGUGUGAGGAGAUCUGCAGUUUACACAGAGAGAAACUCAAACUCUUCUGUCUGGAUGAUAAACAGCCGGUGUGUUUAGUGUGCAGAGAUUCAGAGAAACACACCAACCACACAUUUCUCCCCAUCUGUGAAGUUGUUCCAUCUUUCAAGGAGGAACUCAAUACAACACUGGAGUCUUUACAAGAGAAACUCAAACACACUGAAAACAUUAAAGGAGAGUUUGAUAAAGCAGUUCAACACAUCAAGACUCAAGCUGAGCACACAGAGCAUCAGAUUAAAGAGGAGUUUAAGAAGCUUCAUGAGUUUCUCCGAUUUGAAGAAGAAGCUACAAUCACUUCACUGAGAGUGGAAGAGGAGCAGAAGAGUCAGAUGAUGAAGAAGAAGCUUGAGGAGAUGAACACACACAUCUCAGCUCUUUUACACACAAUCAAACACAUGGAGGAAAUGAUGAAAUCCAAUGACGAUGUGUCAUUUCUAAAGAACUUUAAUGUGACAAUGGAAAGAGCCCAGAUCUCACAGCCGGAUCCACAGAUGACUUCUGGAGCUCUCAUUCAUGUGCCACAUUACUUGGGCAACCUGACAUUCAGAGUCUGGAAGAAGAUGCAAGACAUUGUCCACAAGACUCCUGUGAUUCUGGAUCCAAACACUGCAAAUCCAUUUCUGAUCCUGUCUGAUGAUCUGACCAGUGUGAGACUCAGCAUGAACAUUCAACCGAUUCCUGAUAAUCCAGAGAGAUUUAACUGUUAUACGUGUGUUCUGGGUUCAGAGGGUUUUAAUUCAGGAACACACUGUUGGGAUGUGGAUGUUAAAGACAAUAAACUCUGGAUUAUUGGAGUAACUACAGCAUCAAACCAGAGGAAGGGAGAUGAUUUCUUCAACACUGAUGUCUGGAGUGUGCAGUAUAAUGAGUUUGGUUUAUUCUCACUAUACAUCAAUAAUCCCUCCACUGUGUUUCAUGUCACACAAUAUCUUGAGCGUGUGAGAGUUCAUCUGGAUUAUGACGGAGGAAAAGUGUCAUUCUCUGAUCCUGUAACUAACACACAUCUACACACAUUCACACACACAUUUACACACACACUCUUGCCAUUCUUCUGGAGUUAUAAUAAUCUGAAGAUUUUACCAGUUAAACUGAUGGUGACAGAAAAUCACAGUUCUGACUGAUUGUGAUUAUCGAUGAUAAAAUAAGAGAAUUUAAGAGAAAUCAUUGUGAAUUGUGAAACACUAUGAAUUGUUGAUCUUUGUAAAGGACUGAUAGGAGGUGAUUUUAGACUUUAUUCUUUUAUCUGUGUGGAUGCAGCAUCACACAAAAGCAGAAGGUUUCAGUUACAGAUGUCAUUGUAGAAAUACUCCAUUAACAGCUGUAUUAUUUUCAUAAUGCACACAUGAAGUCUUUAAGUGUCUGAAUAUGUUGUGAAGGGUUUACUUGUGCAUUAAACACAUGUUUAAGUGUCAUUUAAAACUCUCCAGAGAAAUAUCUCGUAACAUACACUUAAACACGUCCACUCAACUUCUGUGUCUGUGAUAUCUUCUCAGUGAAGUGAAAUAAUUCAACACAAACAUUCAAGUAUAUAUACAGUAGAAAAUGAGUA